AUGAUUCAUCAAGCCAUUCUUCUACUGUUCUUGCUGGCUUCUGCUUCUGCUUCAGCACCCUCGUGCCCCGACAUCACGUACCAGUUGGGCCCCUGCAUUUCUUACCUGCUGCAAAUUGAGGUGGCACCGCCUCCGGCUUGCUGUGAUGGUGUCAAGUACCUCAGCCAGUAUUCAAGUGACAAGGAAGAUAGAGAGGCUAUAUGUUGGUGUAUCAAGGGCGCAGCUAGUAUGAUGGGGCUUACUGAUUUUGCUCUCAUUUCUGCUCUGCCUAAUACCUGCGGCGUUUCUGUAAAACUUCCACCUAUCUCUAGCGACAUUGAUUGUUCCCAGACAGGGUCUGAAGAUGUAGAGGAAGGAGCUAAAGAGUUGGGCAAUGUUUGAAUAAAUUAAUGCGGUUCUUCACCGUUUGCAAUGGGAAAGGAAUAAUUAUGUGAAAGAAAUAAUUGUAAUGAGAAUAAUGGAAUAAUAACCCUAAAUAAAAUUUCACAGUAUUGCUCA